CGGUGGGAGUGAGCGCUCUGUCUGCCUGCUGCUCUCCGCUGCCCACCGUCUUCUCCGCCAGCUGCUAGCCUGCUAGCUGGCAGGUAAACAUGGCCAUGUCGCAGGCUCUGUCCGAGGAGGAGUUCCACCGCAUGCAGGCUCAGCUGUUGGAGUUGAGGACUCAGAACUAUCAGCUGUCUGAUGAUCUCAGGAAGAACUCAGCAGAGCUGAACACCGUCCGUCAGAAGAAUGUGGGUCUGGAGAGAGAUUUCCUCAAACUGCAGAAGGCUCUCAACAAGAGCAAGAAGGCUCAGGAGGUGGAGGCCCUGCUGAGUGAGACCGAGAUGCUGCAGGGGAAGCUGCACAGUCAGGAGGAAGACUUCAGGCUGCAGAACAGCACGCUGAUGACCGAACUGUCCAAGCUGUGCACGCAGAUCGAGCAGCUGGAGCAGGAGAACAAGGGUUUAAAGGAAGAGGGCGGGGCCUCUGUGUCUGGACCCCCUGCUAGCCCCGCCUCCAAUGCCGUAGACGGAGAGCUGCUCCGCCUCCAGGCGGAAAACUCCGCCCUGCAGAAGAAAAUGAAAGGUGUGCCAUCGCCAUCGCUGCGUUUUUACGAAAAGUGUUGGUGUGUCUGUGAGACAGGUGUGUUUUUCCCUGCAGCCCUCCAGGCCGCUCAGGGUGUUGCCACGGAGACAGACGGAGGGGCGGAGCCAGGAGCUGAGGGAACCAAUGAGAGACUGGAACAGACGGACGCCGAGCAGCAGCAGCAGACACACAAACAGCUGCACGGCCCGUCAGAGACGAGCGUAGAGAAGAUUGUAGCUAAGCAGGCAGCGAUAGGCUGGUCGGCUGCUCUCUGUCCAAUAACUCCCUGCUUUGGACCAGAGCUGGAGAUCAACCUGAACACCGAGCAGGAGGAGAAGAGGCUGCUGAGGGAGCAGGUCCACCAGCUGGAGACAUCCAAACAGGCGGAGCUGAGUAAACUGCAGGAGGAGCUCUCCAAGCUCAGUGAGAAGUUGAAGAAGAAACAGGAGAGCUUUCAGCGUCUGCAGACAGAAAAAGAAGCUCUGUACAACGACAGCAGGACAAAAAUUGAUGAGAUAAAUCAGAGGAAAGACGAGGAGGUGAAGACGGUCAACGUCCGCCUCCAGAAGCUGCAGUCAGACCUGCUGGCAGCCAAUCAGGUCGCAGCAGAGCUGAGGGAACAGCUCCAAAGUAAAGACAAAGAGCACCAGCUGGCUCUGCACACGCUCAAAGACCAGGCAGCCAAUCAGAGCGCAGUCAGUCAGGAGCAGGUGGACAACAUCCUGCAGGAGAACGAUGCUCUGAGGACAAACCUAGCAGCUCUAGAACAGAUCCAGACGGUGAAGACUCAGGAGAUGAACCUGCUGAGGGAGCAGCAGGAGGCGCUGACGGCCGAGCUGCAGCAGAGGCGAGCCGAGCAGGAGAGUCUGCUGGCCCAGAGGGACGACCUGGACUCCCAGCUGCAGGAGUCGAGUUUUGCAAACAGGAAGUUGUUGGAGCAGCUGACAGAGGAAGGACAAGAGAAAGAAAAACUCCUGAGAGAGCUGGACGAGGCCAAGAAGACUGCAGAGAAGAGGAAGUCCAUGCUGGACGACAUGGCGAUGCAGAUGAACCAGGAGAAAGUCGACCACAAGGAGGCGCUGUCAGACCUGCGACUGCAGCAUGAGAAGGAGGUUCUCGCCGUCAGAGCUCGCUACGAGAAGGAGCUGCGAGGACUCCACGAAGACAAGAACCGCUCGGAGGAGGAAAUCCGACAGCAGCUCAGGGAGGAAAAGGCUCGAACCAAGGACCUGGAGCUGGUGCAGCAGCGGGUGGAGGAGCUGCAGGCUCAGGUCCAGUCCAUGGAGGGAACCAAAGGAUGGUUCGAGAGGCGCCUGAAGGAGGCCGAGGAGAACAUCGAGAACAACUCCCUGCAGCAUCAGGAACAAGUGCAGCAGCUGCAGAAAGAACACGCACUUCAACUGCAGGAGAAGCAGCGGGAGACGGAGGCGGUGCGGGCGGAGCUGGUGGAGGCGGAGCAGCAGAGCGAGCAGCACAGAGAGGCCAUCGACAAGCUCAAACAGGAGAUCAAAGACACGGUGGACGGUCAGAGGAUCCUGGAGAAGAAAGGCAGCGCUGCGCUGAAGGACUUGAAACGGCAGCUGCAGCUGGAGAGGAAACGAGCCGACAAACUUCAGGAGCGGCUCCAGGAGAUUCUGACCAACAGUAAAACCAGAACAGGUCUGGAGGAGUUGGUUCUGUCCGAGAUCAACAGCCCGAGUCGCACCCAGCAGACCGGAGACUCCUCCUCCGUCUCCUCCUUCUCCUACAAAGACAUGAUGAAGGAGCCGCAGCCAUCCAAUCAGAACAAGUCGGGGGGAGGCAGCCCGCAGUCGCAGCGGCCGGCGGAGCUGUCGGACGACGAGGUGGGGGAGCUGUUCCAGCGGCUGGCGGAGGUGCAGCAGGAGAAGUGGAUGCUGGAGGAGAAGGUGAAACAUCUGGAGGUGAGCUGCUCCUCCAUGGCCGAGGACAUCUGCAGGAAGAGCGCCAUCAUCGAGACCUACGUCAUGGAGAGCCGUCGAGACGUGUCGGGCGGCGGCCUCGGGGGUCACGGAGGCUCACAGGGCGAGCGCGGAGGUCUGGGUUCGGUCCUCAGAGAUCUGGUGAAGCCCGGAGACGAGAACCUGAGAGAGAUGAACAAGAAGCUGCAGAACAUGCUGGAGGAGCAGCUCACCAAGAACAUGCACCUGCAGAAGGACCUGGAGGUUUUGUCCCAGGAAUUAGUCCGUCUCAGUAAAGAGAGCCCUGGAGGCAGCACGGCUGGUUCGGGAUGAGGCUACGGCCUGGAUGUGACCUUGUGACCUCUCUGUUCCCUCCUCUGUACCAUCGUCCACCUCAGCUGGAAGGCAUGGGCCCGGCUCUGGCUAACACCUGGAACCAUCCUCGCCUCUCCCCGCCUCGUGCUCACACCGUCAGCCCUGCGGCCGGCUCCAGUUCCACCUCCUCCUCCUCCUCCUCCUCCUCCUCCUCCUCCACCUCCUCCUCCUCCUCCUCCUCCACCUCCUCCUC